AUGAUGGUAUUACCUGUUGUCUAUUUCUAUCUUUGUUUAUACAUUACGUUGGUCAAUAGUCAAAAUCCAGGUGUAUUAGUUAAUCAACCGAAAUUCAGUCCUUGUGCAACAUGGAAUAUAACGGGUAUUACUUUUGCAAACAGUUCUGUAGUUGGUACAAAUCCUGGAACCGUUUUCAUUGACAAAAAUGAUACAAUCUAUAUAACAGAUCGACCUUCUAAUCGUGUUCAAGUAUGGCAAAACGGAUCAAAAAAUGUAACAAGAACAAUAUCUGGUGGUCUCAAUGAUUCACUCGGUUUAUUUGUAUCAAAUAAUGGUGAUGUGUAUGUUGACAAUGGUUAUACAAACAAUCAAAUUGACAAAUGGAUGAUUAAUUCAACAAAUAGUACUGUGGUAACAUAUUUUAAUGGUGGAAGAUGUUAUGGUUUAUUUAUUGAUAUUAAUCAAACUUUAUAUUGUUCUCUUAAUAUUCAUAUAGUUCUUAAAAUAUCUCUUAAGAGUAUUGGAAAUAUGACACAAAUAGCUGCUGGAACAGGUACUCCUGGAAAUACUGCAUAUAUGUUAAAUUGGCCUCGUGGAAUAUUUGUUGAUAUUAAUUUGAAUUUAUAUG